AAGAGCUUUAAAACGUACCCGUAGCAAUAAUUUACCUUGAGCUUUACUUUUUAUACUGUAAUCGAACACGUUUACAUAGAAGAGGCGAAGACUACCGUGUCUAGUGAAUAAAAUGUGUUUAAACCACGCCCGGCUCGGAUGGUGAGCCAAUGGGGCCGGGUGCCGGCGAGGGAGUCGGCGCAGGACCCGCCUUGCCACCGCGGCCGACUUAGUUGACAUGAGACAAUCGCGAGGCGCGGUCGCGUUCCCGACCCACCACCACACAACAACUGUGCUCCAGGGUGCUCUACCAUACAUCCGUCAGUGUUUGCGGUACCACAGUGGCUCUGAAAUGACUUAAAAGAUGAAUGAAGGCAGCCAAAUUCACAGUUAAUGUUUGUUUUGUUUUUUAUUUAUGAGUGAACAUUUGAAGAAAAUCAACAAAGUGUUGGGUGUAAAGGUGGAAAUGAAGACGGAGCACCGCACUUGCUGCGCGUGCGGCGAGCCCAUCGCGGACCGCUUCCUGCUGGAGGUGGGCGGCGGCGCGUGGCACACGGCCUGCCUGCGCUGCUGCGUGUGCGCCGUGCAGCUCGACCGCCACCCCUCCUGCUUCCUGCGCGACCGCCAGGUCUACUGCAAGCAGGAUUACGCCAAGAGUUUCGGCGCGAAGUGCUCCAAGUGCUGCCGGGGCAUCUCGUCGUCGGACUGGGUGCGCAAGGCGCGCGAGCAGGUGUACCACCUGGCAUGCUUCGCGUGCGACGCGUGCGGCCGCCAGCUCUCCACCGGCGAGCAGUUCGCGCUCCACGAGGACCGAGUGCUCUGCAAGCCGCACUACCUCGAGACACUCGACGGCGGCUCCAUCUCUUCGGACGAUGGCUGCGACUCUGAAGGAUAUCACAAAAGCAAAGCCAAGCGGGUUCGAACGACUUUCACCGAGGAGCAACUGCAGGUUCUCCAAGCGAACUUCCAACUGGAUUCGAACCCCGACGGGCAAGACUUGGAGCGCAUCGCGCAGGUGACGGGGCUCAGCAAGCGCGUCACGCAAGUCUGGUUUCAGAACAGCCGCGCGCGCCAAAAGAAGCAUCAGCACACUGGGAAAGGAAAACAAAACCAGCUGAUGUCGCGGGACACGGACCCGGUGGGGUUUGGCCGACCGAUCAACCUGCACCUCACCUACUCCUUCCAGAACAAGCCCCCUUUUGUCCCGAUAGACGGCACUUCGUUUACGGAUUCCUCGAUGGAUGAGCUCUCGGAAGAUUCGUCGAUCCAUUGCAUGCAGAGUGAAGUCUAAAAUUGAAACCAAUGGGUAUCCAUUCGUAUAAAUGAGUAGUCUGUUUAGAGCCAGCAUUUACAGCUUUUGUUUCGAGAUUGUCUACUUUUGUGAGGGUAGAAGAUUAACAACCAAUACUAGAUAUUUAGAGAAUUAAUGUAAAUUAAUAGUAUUUAAGUCAAUGUAUAAAAUAAGGCCUAAUCAAAGUAACUAUUUCUAAAUUAUUGUAAAAAGUUAUAACUAUUUAUUUAUUUAUUUUUAGUAACUGUGAUACUUAUGUUUGCUGUCAAAACCUCUAUUGUUUGCCUUUGAAUUAAUAGCUCCUAGAAUAUAAUUUAUUUUUUACGUCUAAGUAUAGGUACAUAUAACCUUCAAAUAAUUAAAUUACUAGAAUUAGUAGGACCUACUUUUUCACUUCUACAAACUUAUGUAAAAUCUCCAAUAUUUGUGCCAAAACCUAAGUUUUGUCCAGUGAACUAUUUCAUAUAGGUAUAAGUAAAUACCUACAUAAUUUAUAAAGUGAUAUUACACUCACAUAAAUACAUAUAUUGAUAUCUAAUUCUAUCAUCUAAUCUCUUGUCUUAAUCUCAGUUUAACAUGUUAUUUGAAAUCAAUUUCAGGCCCGACCGUGAUCACAUUAAAACCUUUAAAUAACGAUAUUCACUAAGUUCACUGUUAAAUAUUUUGCACAACAUGAUAAAUGAAACUUGACUUAAUUUAUAUACAAUAUUUUUAUUGAUUACUCAUGACUAAAAGAAUAAGUAAUGGUCACUUAAGUCAUUACUUACGACAUUAUCACAUAAUUACAAUUAACAUAAAUUCUUACAAGUUAAUUACCUGUUUUAUAAAACAGAUCUCGAUGUAUAAGGGACUUAGAUAAACAUACCCUAAUACCUACAUCCUCCAACAAAGUUAUUUUAUGCAAAUUAGCCUUGCUCAAUAAUAACCAAGUGCCAAUGCCUUCGUUCUGGUUUCAUAAAUACAUGUUCCUUAAUUAUAUUAAAGUGAAUCACUAACUGAUUAGUCUGCAAUUCUAGUUAUAGUCGUCAAUUAUAUAUAUUAUUGUAAGUUGUACGUGUCCAUCGAAUAUCAUAGAACAUUACUUCUUUAUUACCUAAUAAUUAUGUAAAUAGCUAAUGAUACUUAGUCAUUUAUCAAAAAACAUGUCAAUGUAUAACGUCGUCUAUAGUUUGUUAUGUGAACGCGAUUCAACAUCUCGUCAUUGUAAUAUUACAUGCUUGGUGAGUACCUACUACAAGGUACUUUAAGUUAAUCUUGUACAAAUUUAUUGAAUAUAAUUAUGUUGAUAAAAAAUUAAAUACUUUUUUAAAUACCACUGUCCCAACGUACAACGUACCUAACUUGCAUUCAGUGUUGAGCACAUACGUUAUACUAAGUACCUGCACAGAUUUUAAAACUGAAGGCGGCUCACUAUAAAUUUAUUUUGAUUUGCAUCGCAAUUUUUUUCUAAAUAAGCUCUACAUUUUCUUACAUUCACAAGACAAUUUGUCACGUAAUAAAUAUGUAGGUUUAUAGGAAAGAGUCAGAUAUAUCGUACCAGUUUUAGAGUUAGUUACCAUUGUAUUUUACUGUGCACAUAUAAGUUUAGUUACUUGGCUACAUAUACAUUCUGAAGAUGAGCAUUUUGGUAUUAAAUUAACAUAGUCGAAAUGCAUUUUGUCAGAAGCACUGCCAUCGUUACGACGAGCUGGUUAAAUCGCCACUAUUAAAAUUGUAUCUAUGAAGCGUUUUGCAAGUCCAUUGCUUAUUAUAGAUCGAACUAACAAAUAUUUACUCGUAAUACCAGAAUCAUAUUUACACGAGCUGAAAAUAUUUGAUCGUUUAAAUCGUUACUAUGCUAGUUCAGUAUUAUAUAGUGCGAUUUAAACGACUAGCUAUGUAUGAUAACAUACAAAUAAGACUAUUUUUAACACCUAUGCAUUAAACCCAUUUAUAUUAAUAUUUAGUAAAAUACUGUUAAUUACGUAUUUUUAACUUGAUCCAGAUCACAAGUUAUGCUGUCACAAACCCACAUUUAAAAGUUAGAUUACUUAUCCAGACCAAAAUCAUAUUUUUUCUCUCUUUCGUUCGUUUAUACAUGACUAUGUAUGUACGACUGUACACCAUGUGUGAUUAGAUUAUAGAGCUUAAUUCUAUUAGAGCACUGUUUGGUUCCUUACGUGUAAAUAAACUAGGUUGUUUAAUUGGAAAUCUAGAGGUUGUACAAUUUAACCGGCAAUACGAUCCGACCCGACUCUUCCCUAAAUAUACAGUGAGAAGAUUUGAAGACUUUUUUUCGUGGUUUCUUAUGGAUAAACAUACUCAAGUAUAGUACAGUC